GUGAAACACCGUUUGGUUCAGUUCUGUGAGAAGUUUGCGUAUCUAAUAACCUAAUACGCCGAGGACUUAACAAUGCUCGCAUCCCGCAACGCUCGCGUCGCUGUGGGCCACCGCGUGGCCACAGCCCCUGUAAAUCGUGCACUCCUAGCAGCUCGCCCUGGGCGAUGCGGUCUGAUUGCAACCAAGGCGCAAAAGAAGGAAAUUAUGAUGUGGGAAGCUCUGCGUGAGGCAAUUGAUGAGGAGAUGGAGCGCGACCCCACCGUCUGUGUGAUGGGCGAGGACGUGGGGCACUAUGGUGGUAGCUACAAGUGCACCCUGGGUCUUUACAAGAAGUAUGGCGAUAUGCGUGUGCUGGACACCCCCAUCUGCGAAAACGGCUUCACGGGCAUGGGUGUGGGUGCCGCCAUGACCGGCCUGCGCCCCAUCGUGGAGGGCAUGAACAUGGGUUUCCUGCUGCUGGCCUUCAACCAGAUCUCCAACAACUGCGGCAUGCUCCACUACACCUCGGGCGGCCAGUUCAAGGUGCCCAUGGUCAUCCGCGGCCCCGGCGGCGUGGGCCGCCAGCUGGGCGCGGAGCACUCGCAGCGGCUGGAAUCGUACUUCCAGUCCAUCCCCGGCGUGCAGCUGGUGGCCUGCUCCACUGUACGGAAUGCCAAGGCGCUGCUCAAGGCGGCCAUCCGCAGCGACAAUCCCGUCAUCUUCUUCGAGCACGUGCUGCUGUACAACGUCAAGGGCGAGGCGGGCGGCGCGGAGGAGCUGGCCUGCCUGGAGCGGGCCGAGGUGGUGCGCGAGGGCACCGACGUCACCAUCUUCACCUACAGCCGCAUGCGCUACGUGGUCAUGCAGGCGGUCAACGACCUGGUCAAGAAGGGCUACAACCCGGAGGUGGUGGACCUCAUCAGUCUGAAGCCCUUCGACAUGGAGACCAUCUCAAAGUCCAUCCGCAAGACCCGCAAGGCGAUCAUCGUGGAGGAGUGCAUGAAGACAGGCGGCAUCGGCGCCUCCCUCUCCGCCGUUAUCAACGAGUCGCUGUUCAACGAGCUGGACCACGAGGUGGUGCGGCUGAGCAGCCAGGACGUGCCCACCGCCUACGCGUACGAGCUGGAGGCUGCCACCAUCGUGCAGGCCAGCCAGGUGGUGGAGGCGGUGGAGAGGGUGUGCGGCAGCAGGGCGAUGGCCCUGGCGUGAGGAGCGGG